CCACAAUGUCAAGAGGAGACACGUGUAUCACAAGGAAGAUGAAGUCCUAUCAGAAGCUGACAACAGAUGUCCCCCAGCCGGCUGCAUCCCGCGUGGAAGAGGAGGGCGUGGAUGGGAAGCCCUCCUGCUUUCAGAAGCUGUCCACGUGGUGGCUGGGUGGGUGUCUGCUGGCAGUGGCCAUCCUCCUGAGCGCUGGCACCGUCUGGGUGCUCAGACAGGCCUCCAAGGGCCGGCACGCUCAGACGCCACCGGAGAAAUGCAGCUCGGUCACUGAGCCGCUGCGCUUUGACUGCUACCCCGAGAGGAACGUGGUGGUGACUCAGGAGCUCUGUGAGGCCAGGGGCUGCUGCUUCAUUGAGAGGGACCAGGCCUCAGGCAGCAGACAAGGAGUGCCAUGGUGCUUUUACCCCCCCGACUUCCCCAGCUACGUCUUGGAAAGCCUGAAUCAGACGGAGCUGGGAAUGGUGGGCUUGCUGAGGAGGAAGGUAAAGGCCUAUUACCCCAGAGACAUUGAGACGCUGCAGCUGAGCGUGGAGUUUGAGACAGACACUCGGUUACACAUAAAGAUCACCGAUUCCAGCAGCCCUCGGUAUGAAGUUCCCCUGCAGGUCCCUCGGGCCAUGAAGAGAGCGGAGAACCCUGCCUACAGCCUGGAUUUCUCCAGGGAGCCGUUUGGGCUGGUGCUGAAGCGCAGAGCAUCAGGGGCUGUGCUGCUGAACACAACUGUGGCUCCCUUGAUCUUCGCUGACCAGUUUCUUCAGAUUUCCACCACCCUCCCUUCCACAUUUCUCUACGGACUUGGGGAACACCGUAGCACCUUCCUGCACAGCCUGGACUGGAACACCCUGACUCUCUGGGCUCGGGACGUCCCUCCCACGGAGUCAUACAACCUGUAUGGAUCUCACCCGUUCUACCUGCUGCUGGAGGAAGGGGGAGCAGCACAUGGUGUCUUCCUCCUAAAUAGCAACGCAAUGGAGGUGGCCCUGCAGCCGGCCCCCAGCCUGACCUGGAGAACCAUCGGGGGCACCUUGGAUUUCUACAUCUUCCUGGGUCCGGAUCCCAACAUGGUCAUCCAGCAGUACCAACAGGUGAUAGGUCUCCCUGCAAUGCCACCUCUCUGGGGGCUCGGGUUCCAUCUGUGCCGCUGGGGCUAUGGGACAAGCAAUGAGACCUGGCAGACCGUGAAAGCCAUGAGGAACUACCAGAUACCACAGGAUGCUCAGUGGAAUGACAUCGAUUACAUGGAAGGGAACCGAGACUUCACCUUCGAUCCUCAGGCAUUCAGCACACUCCCCCAAUUGGUGGAAGACCUCCAUAAGCAUGGCCAGCACUACGUCAUGAUCCUGGACCCUGGGAUCAGCAGCACUAAUCCUCGCGGAUCUUACUGGCCGUUCGACGAAGGUUUGAGGCGUGGAAUAUUUAUAAAUACCACCGAGGGGCAACCACUGAUUGGACAGGUGUGGCCCGGCCUCACUGCCUUCCCAGACUUCUCCAACCAGGACACACACCAGUGGUGGCUGGAGAACCUGAAGCGCUUCCAUGCUUAUGUCCCCUUUGAUGGGCUUUGGAUUGACAUGAAUGAGCCGUCUGACUUCAUGGAUGGGUCGGUGGAUGGCUGUCCUGCAGGGGACCUUGACAGGCCGCCAUACGUGCCUGCUGUGCUAGGAGGGUCCCUCUCUGCAAAGACUCUCUGUGCUUCAGCAAAGCAGAACGCUUCUGUGCACUACAACCUCCACAACCUCUACGGGCUGAUGGAAGCCAAAGCCACAGCCAGUGCCUUGAUCCAAAUCCGAGGGAAACGCCCUUUCGUGAUCUCCCGCUCCACCUUCCCCAGUCAGGGCAGGUACUCAGGGCACUGGCUCGGUGACAACAGGAGCGAGUGGAAGGACAUGUCGUGGUCAAUCCCAGGCCUGCUGAGCUUCAGCCUUUUUGGGAUCCCGCUGGUCGGGGCAGACAUCUGUGGCUUCUCAGGCACCACCUCAGAGGAGCUCUGCGCUCGCUGGAUGCAGCUCGGCGCCUUCUACCCCUUUGCCCGAAACCACAACACCCAGAAUGAGAAGGCCCAAGACCCCACAGUGUUCAACUCGGAAGUACGGACAGCCAUGAAGGAGGUGCUGCUGACACGCUACUUUUUUGAGUUCCCGCAGGACACGGUCACGUACUCCAUUGAUAGACAGUUCCUGUGGGGGGAGAGCCUGUUGGUGACACCAGUGCUGGAGCCUGGAGCAGACUCGGUGAUUGGCUACUUCCCCCGAGGGCUGUGGUACGACUACUAUACGGGCUCGUCUGUGAACAGCAGCGGGGAGAUGCUGAAGAUGGCAGCUCCGCUGGACCACAUCAACCUGCACAUCCGGGAGGGUGCCGUUCUCCCCACCCAGAAACCCGAGACCACCAGCGGGGCAAGCCGGGGGAAUCCACUGCGCCUGGUUGCAGCUUUAUCCCUGAACGCUGUCGCCUGGGGGGACCUCUUCUGGGACGACGGUGAGAGCCUGGACACCUUCGAGAAGGACAACUACUCCUACCUGGUGUUCAACGUCACACAGAACGUCUUCACCUCCACCGUCCUCCACGCCAACGUGGAAGCCACCUACGUCACUGUGGACACGCUGACGGUCUACGGGGUCCGGGGUCCGCCCACAAGAGUCACCGUCAAUGGUGAAGAGCAUCCCUUCUCCUACCUGGACAACCAGGUGCUCACGGUGAGCGACCUUCACCUCAGCCUGAGCCAGGGCUUCUCCAUCAGGUGGAUGUGAGAGCUGGGGCCUUCUGGCGUGGCCAGGCUGCAUCUGGGCACCGGAGGCUUAUCCGUCCAUCCGUCCGUCCAUGUAUCCGUGGGGCGCGGGCCUGUGCUUGCAUGUCUCAGGUGGACACAGACUGGAUUCCCAGCUGCUUCCUGCCCAAGCUCCCAGCACUGCCAGCCGGUCUCUACCCCUGCUCCUGCCUUCACCCUGCUGCUGCAGGGGCAGCACGAGUCCACGGGCCUCGGCGUUCAGCAGCUCCCCGGUACCAGGGGACACCACUCUUUGCUUCAGCCCGUGGGGCAGGACACGGACACUCCAGGCGCCGGGCUGUUGCUUCAGGGACAGACGAGGGGCCGGAUCAGUUGAGCCUCGUCGUCCAGCUGCACCAUGCUGACGUCUCCUACGCCCCUGGCUUCACUGCCCCCCUGCAUGGCUAAUCUCCAAGGGCCCCACUCGUGUGUGUGGUGUGGGGAGGGGGUGUUGCAGGCGGCCUGGGGCUCUCCGCACCAAGUACAGCAUCCUCCCCUUGCUAACGCAGGGUCUGUGUGGGGAGCCCUAGUGUAGACAGGCCUCCGCGGGGCUGCCGGCGUUUCCCCCUGCUGGUCCGCUCUGCCCGCAGCGGGUCCUGCUGGGUGGGCGUGGGUGGAGACGAGCUGUCCGUGCCCCCGUGAUGCUGUGCCAACCCAAUAAAGGCGAGCGGAGACCUGCUGUGGAGCUGUGUUUGUGUGC